UCAAUAAAUUAGUCAAGAAACAAGCUAAAAAAUGCUUAUCUAAAAAAACUCAAAAAUUAAUUGCUAUAUUAUCUAAGCAAUAUGAAAAAAAACAUUAUAAAGAUUCUAUCUAUCAUUUUCUUGAAAAAUAUAUAGAUUACUAUAAAAUUUUUGAGGAGAUUGAAAUUGAUGAUCCAAAUUUAUAUGAAAAGUUUUUUUAA